AUGGGGGGUAGCGAUAGAGAGGAAAAGCAGCAUGAUUCCGCGACUGUGAGUGACGAUAGGUUACUUGAAAAUGAUACCGCAGCAGAGAAGCGACUCGUGAGGAAAACAGACCUAUUAAUGAUGCCAGGCUUAGCUCUUGCAUACUUCACGCAUACUCUUGAUCGUGCCAAUCUUGGCAACGCGAAGACUGAUGGCCUGGAGAAGGAUCUGGGUCUCGUGGGCAAUCAAUUCUCCCUAUUACUUGUUUUAUUCUAUGUCCCCUACGCUAUCUUUAACAUUCCCUGGUCGAUACUCGCAAAGAAGUACAACUCUGCUCGAGUGAUCCCGUUUACUAUCUUAGGAUGGGGAGCUUGUACCAUGGGCGCUGCCGCCGCCAAGAACUUUGCUGGUAUUAUGGCGACAAGAAUUGUAAUGGGUGCUAUUGAAGCAGCUUGCCUAGAUAAGCCCUGUGAGGUUUACUACUUGUCUUUGUUCUAUACGCGGAAAGAGAUGGCAUUCCGUGUGUCUUGGAUUGGCCAGAUGGGAUUCAUUGCAGGCGCUGUCUCUGGCUUAAUUUCAUGGAGUGUAUUUCAGUGGAAGGGUAAAUUACAUGGUUGGCAAUAUUUAUUUCUCAUCGAAGGCUCGAUUACUGUUGUAGUGGCAAUCUACCUCUACAUCUUUGCCCCUCAGAGUCCUGAGAAGUCUCGAUGGUAUACAGAGAAAGAAACUAGGCUUGCUAAGCACCGCCUUCAGCAGGACUCGCAAGAUCAAGAUACGGAAUUCCAUUGGGAUGAAGCGAAGAGGCAGCUCAAGCAUUGGCCAACCUGGGCUUUUGCCUUCAUGGCCUUGAUGUAUGGGGUCGGCGUUGCUAGUAGCUCGAAUUUCUUACCAACAAUGAUAAAAAGACUCACUAGCGAGGCCACUACUGCUAACCUCUAUACCGUCGGGCCCAAUCUAACGGCAUCAGUCUUUCAAGUCACAAUAUGUUGGCUCUCUGACCGAUAUCAGCAACGAGCAACAUUUGCUUGUGGUACAACAGUCAUUUCCCUAGUGGCUUGGAUCCUUCUCGGUACAUUAGACUUGGUCCAUCAACCACAAGUCGGCUACUUCUUGACAUAUCUCAUCACUUUCUCUACCUUUAUUCCGAGUAACCUCGUCCCAGCGUGGUUAUCAUCCAACACACCGACUACUACAGGCCGUGCUGUGUCGCUUGGCCUCAACUACAUGGCUAUGAAUUUAGCUGGGAUUAUUUCCUCGUUAGUUUACCGAACCGAGGAUGCACCUGUCUACCGACCAGCAUUAAUUACUGUCGGCUGUACCCAAGGUGUCUUCGUCGUUACGGCCUUGAUGAUGCGACAGUACUAUGCUGGCUUAAAUAAGAAACUCGACUCCGGUGAACUUCCCUGCGCGCCUGGAAUGGAAGCUCGUCUUAAAUAUCGGUAUGCCGUCUGA